AUCUACGUACAUAAAAUCACUGUUGACUGUUGUUUAGUUCGUGUGUGUCGUGCAGAAACGCAGUUCAUGUCAAUCUUUCUGCGUUCAUUGUGGAGCUCAUUUUCUGUUUCGCGACAGGCCGUAGGUCACAUUGGCUGCUUCGCUAUCCCCUAGUUACAUUUUGAGCAAGUGCUUGCGUUGGGGUAAAGUCGCCGACAGCCUCUGGCGGCGGAGGAGGACGUCACCUAGGCGAAAGGUCCGAUCCACACCAGCAAUAUCCCCGAAUUUGCUGUGCUCAGCUGUCGCUUCUGCUUUGGAUGUUGUUGGACAAAUCGUUUGGACGUCUGCUGCUUCUGUAGCUAGCGAGCAUCGAGCACGUUGUCAUCAUGCUCGAGACGGUAAAGCAUUUGAUGUCGCUGGCCCAGAUCGAGCACUACAAGCGAGCGAUAGUGGCCAUUUUCAUUCUGAGCUUCUUCUGCGCGCACAUCGUUCCGUCAGUGUUUCUCAUUCUACUGCUGCUCACACCGCUGGCACCCGUUGUCGUACUGUAUAUGGCAUGGCUGCUAGUGUUCGACUGGGAGUCUCCCACUAGCGCGUGGUUCGGCCCGUCGGCGAGGCGCAGCAACUACUGCCGAACGGCGCGAAUGUGGAACUACUUUCGCGAUUUCUUUCCUGUCACCCUGGUCAAAACAGCUGAUUUGGAUCCGAAGUCGAACUACAUAUUCUGCUAUCAUCCUCACGGUGUAUUUGCAGUGGGGGUGUUCGCUAACUUCGCCACGGAAGCGACCGGAGUUAGCGAGCAGUAUCCGGGCUUGACGAUCUGGCCAAUGACGAUGCCGGUGGUGUUUUCGGCGCCGGUGAUGCGCGAGUGGCUGAUGUUGCUGGGAGCGCGGAGCGUCACCACGGCCGGCUGUCGGAGCAUGCUGUCGCGCGGUCCCGGUCACAGCAUAGCCCUCGUACCCGGUGGCACACGCGACAUGCUGGUGGCCAAGCCAGGCGAGGCGAAGACGGCAAUACGCAAGCGCAAGGGAUUCGUGCGCCUGGCCCUGGAAACCGGAUCACCACUGGUUCCAGUAUAUGGGUUUGGGGAGAACGAACUGUACGACCCGCCAAAGAGCUCGUUCCUGCGCCGCUUUCAGACGUAUUGCACGGAGAAGUUUGGCAUGUGUUAUCCGUUCUUCCAGGGCGAUGAGCUUGCGAGGAUGCUGCCACGUCGCAAGCCAUUGCACACUGUUGUCGGUGCAUCGCUGAAACUCCCGGAGAUGGAAGAACCGUCUGAAGCAGAUGUGGAGCAUUGGCACGGUGUGUACCUCGAGAAGCUAACGGAACUGUUCGACCAACAUAAAGAGCAGUAUGGCUAUGGGCCGGAGAAGAAGUUAGAGUUUGUCUGAGCUGUCGCUCGGGACGCCUUGCAACCGGUGCGUGUGCUCUUACGGUUCUCAUUGGUCAUGUGAUCAAUGUGUUACAUCAUUGCAAGGUCAUGUGAUCAAUGUGUUACAUCAUUGCAAUGUCAUGUGAUCAAUGUUUGACGUCAUUGCAAGGGCAUGUGAUGAACACAUUAUGUCAUCGGUUGAUCACGUGUCGUCUUGAAGUCACAUGACCUUUGCUAUCCAUGACUCGGGUGACCGAGACAGUUGUGUCACGUUACGCUAUUCUCACGUGUAUACUGUACGCACGUGUGACUUUUUAGAUAUACGACCAAGUACCAAGUGUGCGCUGCAAUGGCGUCAUCACCAAAGCCAUCGUAUGAAUUAUCAGACCAGUCCUGUUUCGAAUUCCCUGCUUUUUGGUACAGAUUACGAAUCCCUGCUUAUAAAGAAACUAUUCAAUUUCCCUAGCACACAGCAGACAACGUAUUUCAAAUUUCUAAACAAAAACAAUGUCCACUCUGAGACCAAGGUGAGCUAGUUCCACGGGCUCCCUCCGCCAAUAACACCCCUCCCCCCUCGCCCCUUACGAUGGAAUUUUAAAAGCAUAACGCUAACCGCUGAUCUAUUCUUCGAUAUCAAUUGCCCUUUGGGAGGUGUCCGAUUUCCACUGGCCACGUGCAAGUGUGCAUCCAUGUAUGUGUCUUACAAAUACAGUCGUCAUGUUCUGAACGCCUGUUGUCCCAUUCUGUUUCAGGCACCACAAUUGAUUACAAAUUUUAGAAAUCAGUUCUAUUUAAAACUCAGUUUUGUCCAAUUUCACUGAUUUUAUACCAAGUUUAAAACAAUCCGAAAUUUUCAAUUUGGCAAGAAAACAUCUUUUUUUAGAUUUUAGUCUUCAAUUAUUUCCUUUUAACAGUUAUCUUUCGAAAUAUUAAGUCCGAUUGGAAUGCCUGACAGAUCCUCUCUCCAAACUCGGUUUGAA